CGCACAUUGCCACCUUGCUUCCUCGCUUUGAAAAUCGGGGUAGUAGCCGGGGGUUAGAAGAGACAGCCUGAACAUCAAAAGAGCGCAAAUAUGCAAGUAGCUCGAAUACUAUUUGCGGUAUUUUUAGCAGGAUUCACUGUCGAUGCAGCCAUUUACUUUAAAGAACAAUUUCUUGACGGGGAUGCAUGGAAGAGUCGCUGGGUGGAAUCAAAACACAAGUCUGACUAUGGACAGUGGAAACUAAGUGCUGGGAAGUUCUAUGGGGAUGCUGAGAAAGACAAAGGUCUCCAAACCAGUCAGGAUGCCCGGUUCUAUGCUGUCUCCUCCCGCUUUGAGCCUUUCAGUAAUGAAGGCAAACCGCUUGUGAUCCAGUUCACUGUGAAACAUGAGCAGAAGAUUGACUGCGGUGGUGGAUAUGUAAAGGUCUUCCCUGCCGACUUGGAUCAGGCCAAUAUGCAUGGAGACUCACAGUACUACAUCAUGUUUGGGCCUGAUAUCUGUGGCUACAGCACAAAGAAGGUUCAUGUCAUCUUCAACUACAAAGGCAAAAACCAUCUCAUCAAGAAAGAAAUCAAGUGCAAGGAUGAUGAGAUGACGCACCUUUACACUCUCAUCCUGAGGCCUGAUCAGACCUAUGAGGUAAAAAUCAAUAAUGAGAAGGUAGAGUCUGGCACCCUGGAGGAAGACUGGGACUUCCUUCCUCCAAAACGGAUCAAAGACCCAGAGGCAAAAAAGCCAGAGGACUGGGAGGACCGUGCCAAAAUUGAUGACCCUGAGGACACAAAACCUGAGGACUGGGACAAGCCUGAGAACAUUCCGGAUCCUGAUGCCAAGAAGCCUGACGAUUGGGAUGAGGAAAUGGAUGGUGAAUGGGAGCCACCCAUGAUCCCCAAUCCAGAGUACAAGGGAGAGUGGAAACCCAAACAGAUCGACAACCCUAACUACAAAGGCGCUUGGGUCCAUCCUGAAAUUGAUAACCCCGAGUACACACCUGAUGACUCCAUUUACAAGUUUGACAACAUUGGAGUGAUAGGACUGGAUCUGUGGCAAGUGAAGACUGGCACCAUCUUUGACAACUUCCUUAUUACUGAUGAUGAAAAGGCAGCAGAAGAGUUUGGAUCAGAGACCUGGGGAGCUACUAAGGAACCGGAGAAGAAAAUGAAGGAGAAACAGGAGGAGGAGGAGAGGAAACAGAGAGAGGAGGAGAAGAGUAAGAAGGAUGAAGAUGCAGAGGAUGAGGAGGAUGAAGGGGAUGAUGAGGAAGAUGAUGAAGAAGAGGAGGACGAUACAACAGAUGAAGCCAGCCCAACAGAAGACGAAGAAGAAGACAUUCCACCAAAAGAUGUAAAAGAUGAACUAUAAAAUAGCCCAGACAGAUGGUGCUUCUACCCCAUUCUCUCUAGCCCAGGGGAACAACUGCUGUGCAUCUUGAGUAUUGCCAUUUGGACUUGGCCUCUUCCUGUGGCAGGUUUUUUUCUUUUGUGUGGGUGGGGGUAUAGUGA